GAGGAAGGAAUAAAAGCAAAGAAGCAGAAAGCACGAGAAGAAACCUCUCGAAUCCUCUCCCUCUCUUUCUUCCUCACCAAGCAAUCCGACCGAUUCCGCAAGCCAAAACCCAUCACCGCGCCCCUCUUCCGUGCGCAAAAUCCUCGAGACACUCUCAGAGAAGAAGAAGGAGGAGGAGGAGAAGAAGAAGAAGAAGGGAAGAAGAAGAUGGAGGGGAGCGGGAGAGGGAGGUCGCGGGGAUGAUCCCGGUCCUGGCGCUCCACGCCCUGAGCGAGUACUACCGGCUCGAGCGGAAGCCCCCCGUCACCGCCGGCCUCCUCGCCGCCAACACCCUCGCCUACCUGCGGCCCGGCCCCCUCGACGACCUCCUCCCCACCAUCGACCGCGUCUGGUUCAACCCUUACCUCAUCCUCAAGUACAAGGACCCGAAGCGCUUCUUUUUGUCAGCAUUUUACCAUGUAAAUGAGUCUCACCUGGUAUACAACAUGCUGUCAUUAUUAUGGAAGGGAAUCCAGUUGGAAAGUUCCAUGGGAAGUGCUGAAUUUGCAUCCAUGGUUGCCACAUUACUAGCAAUGUCCCAAGGAAUAACUCUGAUGCUCGCGAAAUCCCUUUUCAUUUUCUUCGAUUAUGAAAAGCCUUAUUACUCAGAAUAUGCAGUUGGAUUUUCUGGUGUUCUCUUCGCCAUGAAAGUUAUCUUGAAUUCACAGUCCGAGAACUACACAUAUGUGCACGGGCUGGUAGUACCUGCACGCUAUGCAGCAUGGGCUGAAUUGGUUCUGAUUCAAAUGUUUGUGCCGGGUGUUUCGUUUCUUGGACAUCUCGGUGGGAUACUCGCUGGCAUUCUUUAUCUGCAUCUAAAGGGUAUGUCCCCAGCUCCUGAUCCACUGACACUGGCUAUGAGAGGCGUCAGCAGCGUGCUGAGUUGGCCUUGGAGGUUCAUGCGGUCCUUGUUCAGAUUCCGCCGUCGUCGGAUUUCCGGUAGAGGAACAGUGGGUCGAAAUCAAAGAGGAUGGACUGAGCCUGGAGUUUGGAGAUGCAGCGCUUGUACCUACGAUAAUUCCACCCAGUUAGACGAAUGUGAGAUGUGUGGAACAAGUCGGAGUAUCCGCAGGUCCCGUUCGCCACCAUCUUCCAGGUAUUCUGAGCAUAUUCCUCUGGACGAAUUGCGCCGUCGGAGAGUGGAAAGGUUUGGGAGAUGACAGUGUCACUUGUAAAGGGCGGAUAGCUGGUAGGUUUUGUGAAAGGAGGUUGUAGGAUCCGACGUAUGGUACGCUUCUGCUGACACUGUAGAGCUCGGUGAUCAGUCGCACAUGUGUUGCCUCGGCGGUUUACAUUCUUUGAAUUAAAUCCGACGGGGAGCAUGUGCAGUUGAUUUUUCCGUGUUGUACACUUCCGAAUGAUGAUAAUAACGUACUUCUAGUUGCAAAGGAACCUUCAAUUGCUGCAAGUUUCAAGAUGAGAUUUGCUUCUGUUUUUA